AUGCCCCCCAGGUUUGCAGAGCCCCGACUGUCUCAUCCACCUACCCGCUACCGGACUCCAAAACCCAGCACGGGACACAGGAGACAGCUAAAAGCCCAGCAGCAGAAGGGACCGGCUUCCCAGGAGCUCACGGCCUUGAAGACAGAGAACGCCAAUGCCACCCUGUUGCCUGAGGUCGGGAAGGAGAAGGCAGUGCUGCAAGAGGAGCGGACGGAGAGCACGAGACUCCUCCAAGGCCAGGAGGAGGAGGAGGAGCGGCUGCGGGAUGCCGGCCGGGCAAGGACCACGACAAUCACCCAGGGCGUUAACAUCCAGGUGGAAAAGGGAAAAGACCUGGAGCUGGAGGAGCAGUUUGAUGCCCUGAGGAGGGAGCACACAGAGACCCUGCAAGAGCUCCAGAGAGCACAUGAGCAGGAGAAGCUGCUGCUGGCAGAGUCCCACCACAGGUCCCAGGCAGCCUUACAGGAGACGAUCCAGGCACUGAAUUCCCAGCUGAAGUCCUUCCAGGAGAGGAUGCAGCGGGUGGAGGAGUCACUUUUGAGCACAGACUACAAGAAGCACAUCCAGGAGCACGGGAGCCCCAGCCCCUUCUGGGAGCAGGAGCUGGAGAGCCUGCACUUCGUCAUUCAAAGUGGAGAUGGGCUUUCCUCUUUCCAUCUCUUCUCCCCACCUGAAUCCCAUCCAGAAAUUGCAGCUGAAGCGGAGAGGAACCUUCUGCUGGAGGAGAAGGUGAAGACCCUCCAGCAGGAGAACGAGGACCUGCAGGUUCGCACCCAGAACCACUUGGUCAUGGCAAGGCAGCUGUCGGAGGAGCUCCUGGCCGCCCGCGGGGCGCUGGAGAAGGAGGCGCAGCUGCGGGAGCAGGCUCGCCAUGAGAAGGAGGAGCUGCUGUACCGUGUGCUCAACGGGGGGGACGGCUCCCCUUUCCCCAUUGCUGCCGGCGAGGUGCCCCUCAUCGCCACGUAG